AUGGGCAAAGAGAAACCUGGAUUCCUUACUCCUAAAGCCAUCUCAAACCGCAUCAAAUCGAAAGGACUUCAGAAACUGCGAUGGUACUGUCAAAUGUGUCAAAAGCAGUGCCGGGAUGAAAAUGGGUACAAAUGUCACACAAAUUCCGAAUCUCAUCAUCGCCAGAUGAAAAUUUUCAUGGAGAAUGGUGGAAAAUUCAUUAGUGGCUUUUCGUCUGAAUUUCUCAAGGGCUAUCUGGACAUUGUGAGGCGUCAAUUUGGUGGCAAGCGGGUCCAUGCUAACGUCGUUUAUCAAGAAUACAUAAAAGAUAAGGAACACAUUCACAUGAACGCUACUCGUUGGCAUUCUCUUACUGGCCUCUGUUUGUGGCUCGGCAAGCAAGGCAUUUGUCGUGUUGAUGAGACCGAAAAGGGUUGGUAUAUUGAAUACAUCGAUCAAGACCCCGAAGCGGAGAGUCGAAGGGCUUCUGAUGCUCGACUGACUAAAACCGAGGACGAGAUAAACCGUCAGUUACUUGCUAAGCAAAUCGAGAAAGCUAGUAAAUCUCUCACAAAUGAAACAAAUGCCAAGGAGGUGAAACCCCUCAUUCGAGAAGACUGCAAUGUACCCAUAAAGUUAGAUCUGCAGCUUGCUUCAACCAAGUCAAAAUCCGAAUCUCAAGCUGGCGAUGCUGAUGUACAGUCAAGUGCGCCAGAAGAGACGCAAAAGCUGGACCAAGUUGUCGAGCCUACCAGCAGUGAUCAUGUGUCACCAAGCUCCUCCGAUCGAGUGUUAUCUCCGAAAAUCUCUGUAACGGAGAAAUUGGAAACCAUCGGAAAAGUUCAAAAAAUCAUUAAUCCCUUGCUGUUGGCGGAGAAGAAGGCGCAAAAAAGCAAAGCUCUUUCGGAUGCCGAUAAGCUGCACCAUCCCUCGGCAACUGGAGGCAAAAGAAGUAAUUUAGAUGAAUUAAUGGCUGAAGAGGAAAUGUACAAAGAGAAACGUAAUCGUAAGGAUUAUUGGAUGACAGUUGGAAUCGAAGUUAAAUUAACUUAUUAUAAGCUUCCCAAAGAUCUUCUCUAUCGACAUGCUGUGAUUAUAGACAUGGAGGACGAUUACACGGCUCUCGUUCAAGUACUAGGUUCCUCGAAAGCGAAGUUGAAGGUCGAUCAAGAUCACGUGGAAACAGUUAUACCUCCCGUUGGUGAUCCCGUUCUCGUUGUGAAUGGUGCCUAUCGCGGCGAGGUGGCCAUUCUUAAACGGGUCGACAAAGAAAGAUUUCAGGUGGACAUCAUCAUUGAAUCUGGCCUCUGUCGUGGACGCAUGGUGCGGGAUGUAUCCAUGGAAGACGUUUGCAAGGUCUGCGAUAUCAGCACUAAUUGA